GGCGUAAGGCGCCUGUAAGGUUAUAUAACACGCGUCAGCGCCGCCAGCGCACCUUGCGACAAUCUGCGGCAGCUCCGGACUUCACACUGCUGAAGACAUGCCCGGGUACUGCUGGAGGGACGGCAGCUACGGCUCGGUGCCGGACCAGGCCGUGCGCGCCGGCCAGGACAAGGACGGCUCCACCAUCUACCUGGGCCGCGCCUUCCACAACGGUGACCUCAUCCCCGCCAAGAUCGUGCCCAGCAAGGGCCUGGCCUUCGUGAGCUGGGGCGGCGAGGAGGUGCACGUCAACACCUACGAGGUGCUGUGCGACGCGAGCGUGGCCUGGGAGUUCACGACCAACGGCGACAUCCCCGAGGGCGCCAUCGCCGUGGGCAUGACGCAGGACGGCGAGAAGCUGUACGCCGGCCGGGUGAUGCACGACGGCACCCUCACCCCGGGCAAGGUCCACCCGAGCCACGAGUCCUGCUACAUCCCCUACUACGGCGAAGAACUGCCCUUCAAAGAAUACGAAAUACUUAUUCUGAAGUGGGCCAUGUGGGUGCCGUCGGGCCACGGCGGGGUGCCCCCGGGCGCCGUGUGGGCGGGCAAGGACCAGGACGGCGGGGACAUCUUCGUGGGGCGCGCCUUCCACGAGGGGGACAUGAUCCCGGGCAAGGUGGUGCCCGGCCACGGGGGCAUGUUCGUGGCGUGGGGCGGCCAGGAGCACAGCAAGUUCGACUACGAGGUGUACUGCCACCCGCACGUGGCCUGGGAGCAGGGCGCCUACGGCAGCGUGCCCUAUGGGGCCGUGGUCGGCGGACACACCUCCUCGGGCGAGACUCUGUACGUGGGCCGCGUGCUGCACAGCGGGACCCUCACGCCCGGCAAGAUCCAGCCGAGCCACCGAGUGUGCUACAUUUCCUUCGGAGGGCAAGAAAUACCCUUCGACACCUACGAGGUCCUCAUCAACAAGUGAACAUCGCCGUCCAUCAAGUCCGUCAAGCCCCUGAGUGAAAUAAAUAUACAUACCCCCAUUAAAACUGCUGUAAACAAAGACUGUCUAGGUUAUAAAGAAACAAUGAUUUCUCAUUCUCUUAUAAAAUAAAAGUGUACGGAAAAUUUCUUUAAAAUAAACUUUUUUUUUCAAACAGCCAA